AUGCCAUCUUCUACUGAUCGGGAGAGCAUUAGCCCAGACCUACUGGGACGCCGUCUGUUAUUCUCAUUCUCGGGUAAGUGGGCCCAAAACCGCUUACUGAAGAGCUCUACAGCCGAAUGCAUGGCGUCUUUCUCUGCUUCUGAUUCUGGCUCUCGUGGAAUCCCUUCUGCUGAACUCGCCAACUUAUACCGGCGCUGGGGCGAGGGUGACAUUGGAGUUAUCAUUACUGGUAAUAUUAUGAUUGAUCCUCAGCAUCUCGUGUCAGCCGGAGAUCCUAUCAUACCUAUAGAUGCACCGUUUGAGGGUUUGCGAUUUGAGAGAUUCAGUAAAAUCGCAUUGGAAGCAAAAUGUCAUGGCUCCCUCAUUAUUGCUCAACUAUGCCACCCCGGUCGGAGUUUUGGGGCUGAUUUUGGUAAGCCCCGGGAAGCAAAAAGGGAGGACAUCAACUAUAUUGUGGAGGGUUUUGCUCAUGCCGCCGCAUAUGCUGAAAAGGCUGGGUUCGACGGUAUCCAGCUGCAAGCAGCUCAUGGGCACCUGCUAAGCCAAUUCCUGUCGCCCCGAACAAACAAACGUCAAGAUAAUUACGGGGGCAGCAUAAAGAACAGAAUGAAGCUGAUAUCCGAGAUUCGAAAGGCAAUAUCCGAACGAGUGGCAGAAACCUUUACCGUUGGUAUUAAGAUUAACACUGUUGAAUUCCAGGAGAGCACGUUCAACUUGGAAGAGACCGUUCAACUGUGCAUUGAAUUUGAGAAAAUGCGUUUCGAUUUUGUUGAAUUGUCCGGCGGCACUUAUGAGGAUUGGACAAUCGGCCGCAAGCAGGUCGCUUCUAUACCACAGCAUGAGGGGUUCUUCUUAGAGUACGGGAGAAUCUAUUCGGAGAAGAUGGAGCGCACAAAGGUUUACGUAACUGGAGGAUAUCGCUCUGUCAAAGGUAUGAUACGCGCCGUGCAGGAGGUAGAUGGCAUAGGCCUAGCACGGCCCCUAUGCCAGGAACCUCAUUUAUGUUCGCAUAUUUUGUCUGGAAGUGUCGAAACAGCCCCUCCGAUCAAGAUUGACACGGAUAACUUCCAUCUUACUUCUGUUGCAGCGCUUAUGCAGAUGCAGCACCUGGGGAAAGGCCUGCAACCUGUCGACUUGGGUUCUGAACGAGAUACAAACAGAUUAUACAAGGCAAUACUGGAUCAUGAAAGGACCAGGUACAGUGCAGCUGCUCCAAUGAACUUUUUGUGA